UGAGUCAGGAGCCAGUCUAAGCUGACCCACAGACAUAAAAACCAAGGCACUGGGCACCUUUAGCUGGGGCAUCCAAACUCUUGAAUCAAAGGUGCAAGCGCCCGACUGCUUUCUUGGGGACCAAGAAAAUGAACGUUUGUCUUCACAUUUACCCCAGCAAUCCUUGAGAUCAGGGCACUGACAGAAAGGAUGUUCAAACACCUCCGAAGAUGGUUUGUCACUCACAUAUUUGGGCGUUCCCGGCAACGGGCAAGGCUGGUCUCUAAAGAUGGAAGGUGUAACAUCGAGUUUGGCAAUGUGGAUGCACAGUCAAGGUUUAUCUUCUUUGUGGACAUCUGGACAACUGUGCUGGACCUGAAAUGGAGGUACAAAAUGACCGUGUUCAUCACAGCCUUCUUGGGGAGUUGGUUCCUCUUUGGUCUCCUGUGGUAUGUCGUAGCAUAUGUUCAUAAGGACCUCCCAGAGUUCUACCCACCUGACAACCGGACUCCUUGUGUGGAGAACAUUAAUGGCAUGACUUCAGCCUUUCUGUUUUCUCUAGAGACUCAAGUGACCAUAGGCUACGGAUUCAGGUUUGUGACAGAACAGUGUGCCACUGCCAUUUUCCUGCUUAUCAUCCAGUCUAUUCUUGGAGUGAUCAUCAAUUCCUUCAUGUGUGGUGCCAUUUUAGCCAAGAUCUCUAGACCCAAAAAACGUGCUAAAACCAUUACGUUCAGCAAGAAUGCGGUGAUCAGCAAGCGUGGCGGGAAGCUCUGCCUCCUCAUCCGAGUGGCCAAUCUUAGGAAGAGCCUUCUGAUUGGCAGUCACAUAUAUGGCAAGCUUCUAAAGACAACCAUCACUCCUGAAGGCGAGACCAUUAUUUUGGAUCAGACCAACAUCAACUUUGUCGUCGACGCUGGCAAUGAAAAUUUGUUCUUCAUCUCCCCACUGACGAUCUACCACGUUAUUGACCACAACAGCCCUUUCUUCCACAUGGCAGCAGAAACUCUUUCCCAACAGGACUUUGAGCUGGUGGUCUUUUUAGAUGGCACAGUGGAAUCCACCAGUGCAACCUGCCAGGUCCGCACGUCAUACGUCCCAGAGGAGGUGCUUUGGGGCUACCGUUUCGUUCCCAUUGUGUCCAAGACCAAGGAAGGGAAAUACCGAGUGGAUUUCCAUAACUUUGGUAAGACCGUGGAAGUGGAGACCCCUCACUGUGCCAUGUGCCUCUAUAAUGAGAAAGAUGCCCGGGCCAGGAUGAAGAGAGGCUAUGACAACCCUAACUUUGUCUUGUCAGAAGUUGAUGAAACGGACGACACUCAGAUGUAGCAGUGGCUUUUCCACCUACAAAAAGCCUCCCAAGGACCUAAGGGCUGGCUGUGUUCAGAAGCAUCCGACGGGGGUCUGAAAGCAGGAUGAGAACAUGCGAAAUCUGCUAGCACAGUCACCCCUGAACCCCAGGGCUAUGGUUCUAUGAGACACAUAGCUCUAUAAGGCUGCAUACGGUGCAUGCAUGUGAAUGAAACUGUGGAAGCCAAAGGGGCCCACUUGGAUCCUCACUAGGACUGUGUAAGCUCAUAUCGUGUUGAUGGAAACAAAGUCAUCCAAGGACAAAAUUUAGGAGCUUUAGAAAGCUUCAGGAACUAGCCACAUUUCCUGUUUGAUUCUAUGGAUGAGAAAGAUGCCAUUUUUAUCUUAAAGUAGACUUCUAUCAAUGGAAAAUCUGCCCUCUGCAUUGGGAAGUGAGCCAGCCAAUCAGUGACAAUAAGAGACCGUCAUACAAAGAAUCAGUAAAGGCUCUAACCUUCUCAAGCUCUGGUGUUUGAAGCCUUUGUCUGAGUCUGGGUCCAUGCUUCAGAAGGGGUAAGGUGACAUCCACUGACUGUACCUCUCUGAACCCAAGGUACAGAAGAACAGGAAGUCCCAACCAACUUCAUAAUUAACCCAGAUGCUGCAGCCCAUACGGAAUUUGGCCUGAAUGAUUUCCUGUGGAGCAUUAAAUGGAGGUCAAGUCCACUCUUUAGAUGUUAAAUGAAUAUUCUUUUGCAAAGGAGAAUGAGUUGAAAGUGUUGGAGAGACUGAAGGGAUGACUCUGUAAUGAAGGCCUGGGUCUGAACCGCCAAUAACCACAUACAAAGCCUGACUUAGUAGCAGUCAGUACUCCUACUGGGGAGGUGGGGAUAGGAGGAUGUCUCUGGUUUGCUGGCCAGCUGAAUGGGUGAUGCCCAAGUUCAAUGAGAGACUAAAAAGGGUGAAGAGGCUGGAGAGAAGAUUCUGGUUAAAAUUGCUGUGGCCUCUCUUCCAGAGAACCUAGGUUUGGUUCCUGGCACGGUACUUGAUAACUAUCUAUAACUCCAGUUUCAGGGCAUCCAUGAGCAUCAGGUGCACAGAUAUACAUGCAAGCAAAACACCAUACACAUACAAUUAAAAAAAAACAAGGUAGAGAAUGACUGAAGAAGAAUCUUAUGUUAACUUUUGAUCUACACACACACACACACACACACACACACACGGCAUAGUGAUGUUUGUUUCAAUAUUCAAUGGAUAGGUUCUGGGGCUACAGGUCUGGUAAAAGAGGUUUUAUUCCUUCCUCUUUCAAGAUGGUACCGAGGAAUGGGAAAGAAGUGAGCCUGGAAGAGGGUGUAGUGCUAACACACCCUCGUCUUGUGUCCUUGUGUUUCUCUGCCCAGUGGUUGAACUGAGAUUCUAGGUAUGGAGGAAGAAGGAAUAAGAUACAGCGUCACAGUCAGGAUGUUGCUGCUUUCUUGUCUCUGAGGGCCAUUCCUGUGUCUUCCAAAGGGAACAAGUUAGCAGGAGAACUUCCUUUGGAGGAAGGUUCUAGUGUGAAGAUCUUGUUUCUUCAUUUCCAUACCUGUAUCAUUCCAAAUUCACCUCGAAAAAAAAAGUAGAGUUCAAAGCUGCUCAAAGAUCAAAAUAUUUUUUUGGUAUGUGAUUAAUAAAUUUCUGAAACCGU